AUGAACUUAGAGAAAGUUAGACACACAGUAAUUGAACCUGCUUUAGUUGGACUUGCUUUACUUGAAGAAUCUGUAAGUUGCAUUGUUUUGUAUAUAUGUUGUUGUGUUUCUGCUGCUGCUGUGUCUGCUACUGCUGCUAUGUUUCUGCUGCUCAAAUUUUCUGUUAUGGCAACUGUUUUUCACGUCAAGAUGGUGUAUCUUGUUGCUUUUUCCUAUGGAAACAAGCUUGGUGUUGUUAAGAUGGUAGACAAAGAUUGGGUGCGUUUGAAUAGAUGCACUGACGAGUAUAUGAAUGCAGCAUUGAACUAUGUGGAGAUGGCUAGUCAAAACGCAGGGUAUUUAGGAAAGAUUCUAUGCCCUUGCAAACAUUGUCGGAAUUUGAGUCACCAUUGUGUUGAUGAUGUUUAUGAACACUUGGUCAUAAAUGGAAUGGAUCCUACAUACACAACUUGGUUUCAUCAUGGGGAGGAACCAAACCAUCUUGAACCACUUGACGAAGCUAGAGAUGAGGCCUUUGCAAAAGCAUUAGGGGAUGCAGAAACUCCAUUAUACCCUGGUUGUGAAAAAUAUACGAAGUUGUCAGCAAUUGUUACUUUGUACAAGAUCAAAGCUGAAAAUGAAUGGAUAGAUGAGAGUUUCACUAUUCUUUUGGGGAAGCUUCAGGAUAUGUUCCCCAUAGAUAAUACAAUGCUAUGUUCUGUUCAUGCAGUUAAAAAGUUCCUUAAAAAAAUUGAAUUAGGUUACGAGAAAAUCCAUGCUUGUGUGAAGGAUUGUUGUUUAUUCAGGAAAGAGAACGCAGAAUUAGAGAACUGUCCAAAAUGUGGUCAUUCAAGAUGGAAGGUAGACGUACGCACAAAGAAAAUAAAAAAUGGGGUUCCUGCUAAAGUGUUGAGAUAUUUUCCUAUAAUUCCAAGGUUUUGGAACAUGUAUAGGUCAUUUGAAGUAGCUAAAGAUUUGACAUGGCACUCUACUCAAAGAAGUAGUGAUGCCAAGAUGCGAUACCCGGUAGAUUCACCAACUUGGAAAACAAUCGAUGAUAAGUGGCCAUCUUUCUCGGUAGACCCACAGAAUCUAAGACUUGGUCUUGCUACCAAUGGUUUCAAUCCAUUCCAGAAUUUGAGUUCGACAUAUAGUUGUUGGCCCGUUAUGCUAGUUUUGUACAACUUGCCACCUUGGUUAUGGAUGAAAAAGGAAAAUGUUUUGUUGAACCUAUUGAUCCCAGGACCUAAGCAACCGGGUAAUGAUAUUGAUGUAUAUCUAGGACCUCUUAUUGAAGACCUACAAAUUUUGUGGACCAACGGAGCACCUGCUUAUGACAGGGUCACUAACUCUACAUUCAAUCUGAGGGCAAUUUUGAUGUGGACAAUGCAUGAUCUUCCAGCAUAUGGAAAUGUUGCCGGGUGUACGACUAAGGGUAAAUUUGCAUGUCCUAUAAGUGGUGAAAAUACACAUUUUCAAUGGCUGAAAUUUAGUAAGAAAAUUGUAUAUUUGUGCCAUAGGUGCUUUCUUCCACCAUCUCACCCCUUUUGGAAGAAAAAAUCAUGGUUUGAUGGAAAGGAAGAAAAGGGGAAAAAACCUAGAAUCAUGACUGGAAAACAAAUUUUGGAAACUCUGAAAGAUAUGAAGAAUGACUGGGGGAAAGGUGGAGAAGGAAAUAAAAAACGAAAGCGGGACAAUGAAGAUAAACAAAGGUGGAAAAAGAGGUCAAUCUUAUUUGAUUUAUCAUAUUGGGAGGAAUUGCUAGUACGUAAUAACUUAGAUGUCAUGCAUAUCAUUAAAAGUAUUAUUGAGAGCCUUAUUGGCAUGCUGUUGGAUAUUAAUGGAAAAUCCAAGGAUGGUUUAAAUGCUCGCAAGGAUAUGCAAGAUUUGGAAAUAAAGCCCGACUUGCAUCCAGAAGAUCGAGGGUCUAGGACAUAUCUUCCUCUAGCUUCCUAUACACUUUCCAAGGAUGAGAAGCGAAUAUUUUGCAAGAGGUUGUUUGACUUAAAAGUACCUGAUGGGUAUAGUUCAAAUAUUGGGAAUUGCGUAUCAAUGGAUGAAUUGAAGGUCACAGGGCUCAAAUCUCAUGAUUGCCAUGUGCUAAUGCUUCAGUUGUUGCCUGUAGCCUUAAAGGUGUUACUACCAACUGGACCCAGAAAUGCAAUACUUCGCAUUUACGCAUUCUUCAACAGAUUGUGUCAAAGAGCUAUUGAUCAAGAAGAAAUGGCAUCCCUUAAGGAUGAGGUGGUUGAAACGUUAUGCAUGCUUGAGAGGUUCUUUCCACCUUCGUUCUUUGAUAUCAUGGUGCACUUAACAAUUCACUUAGGACGAGAAGCACGACUUUGUGGGCCAGUCCAAUAUCGUUGGAUGUACCUUUUUGAGAGACAUAUGAAGAUAUACAAAUGAAGUGUUGGGAAUCAUGCACGACUUGAAGGUUGUAUAGCAUAAUGCUACCUUGUAGAAGAGUGUAUAACAUUUUGCAGCCGACACAUGAAAUCUGUGGAAACAACCAAUAGGGG